AUGCAAAACACCACAGAAGUGCCAGAUACGUUACCACCCACCAUCCACCACCCAUCGGACCAUACAAAGACAUCACAUACAGAAGACACAACUCCCCACCCCUCAAACCCAUCUUCGGUCGCCGUCGAGGCGAGUAGCACAGCGAAGAGGAACGUAGCCAGCCCACCAGCCGGCGGGGACGUGGACCCCCUCCAAGAUCCACCGGCACGUCUGCAGCAAGAUCUGCAAUUUCUCCGCCCACAACCCCGCCAGCACCAGCUGGUUCCUGCUCCCGCUCGCGUCGCGAGCUACACCGUUCCAUGCCGCCAGCUUGGGUGUGGCCCAGCUGAACCGAAACGCCAACGCAAAAUGGCGACGAAAGCCAACCCCGACCUCCGCGCGGACGUGGAUUUCAUGAUCCUGGACUACCUAGCCCCGGCACUGGAAGAGGAGGUGAACUGGAUGGUGGAACCCGUGAGAGCCUUCCGAGCAACACUGGCCACGGCCCUGCCUGACACGCCACUGCCGCUGGAUCUGGAUAUCAAACUCCGAGUUCUCUCGGUAGCUCAUCAACUCUGGCAAUACGUGCCCACCACGCAGACAACCCGCGUCGACGGUCCCCUGGGACUGUCCAGCCUAGGCAUUGAAUUCCUGGACCUCUGCUUGGCUGCAGUGUCCAAGGUCUCCGAGACGCGAUGGUUCGAUACCGGCGCCCGGUUCAUGAUGCAGGCCGUCAUGGAAGAGCAACGCGAAGGGAACACGCACCCAGAAGCGCUCUCCAGGUUCUACGCGUGGAGCCCGCCCGGCCCAGAUCGUGAUUCAAAGUGGUCCAAUGUCCGCGAAAGAUAUGCCGGAGAACUGCUUAAUCUAGCGGAUGUCCGCCCGGCGUGUGAUGCCCUCUACCAGAGGUAUCCGUUUGCCGAGUUCAAGGCCAUGGUGGUGACAUUUCUCUUCGAGCUCAUGACGACACUGGACCCGCCUAUUCUCGUCCAGCUGGAACGAGGCAAGCUCGGCAACCUGAGCCAAGCUGAAACCCAACGCUUGAAGGAGCGGGACGGCCCACUUGAGAAAGAUGCGGUAGAUGUCAGCACACAACCCCCGCCUGAUUCUUCCGCCCGCGUCGUGUCAAGUGGCCAGGCUAUGGUGAUGCAGCCAAGAGGAAAGGAAACACCGACCGGAUCGUGA